UGUUGGUAAUACUAUUAACGAUUAUCAUUCGCAGGUAAUGACAAUUAGUGACAUCUGACAGUAAAAGAAUUAAAUAUUAACAAAAAAUUUAUUUUUUUGGCUUAUUGUUAUUUCGGUUGGUAAUAAAAUACACGUGCUAUGUGAUCAAGUGAAUUUUUUAUUUACAAAUUUAUUUGUAAAAGAUAGGUUAUAAUUAGCGUACUUAUUAAUUAUUAUUUAAAUGUGUUGUAAUUGACAAAAAAUUGACAAUGGAAAACGUUACGCAUUUGUUGAAUAUCACAAAAUUUUUGAGUAAACACAAAAAUCCGGAGGCUAAUAAACUUCGUAAUUAUUAUGUAAAGUGCUGUAAAGAAUUGACAAACGAUGGAGAGUUACCUAAACAAAUUUUUGGGAUUAAUACUAUGUGCUCUCAUUGCGGUUCGUUAUGGAACACAGUAGAUUAUAAAGUAAGAUUGAUUCGGGGAAAGCCGAUACCGAAUUCAGUUAAAAAGUUGAUUAAAAAUUCGGGUAAUGAUAUUCAGUUGUCAGUGUAUCAAAAAAAGUUAGUACGUAAGAGUCUUAAGAAUCGGUUGAAUAAAUUGAUAAUUAUUUGCUCUGUUUGUAAAAAGAAAAAUUUUGUUACGUUAAAUAAACCAGAGCGAUUGAAAAUAGUUAAAACAGAAGUUGUCACUGACAUAACGCCGAAGAAAAAAAAGAAACGGAUUAAAGAUAAAACUGCUGGAUUAUUGAUAAACACCCCAAAUGUCAAAGGUUGCCAGGGAGCUGAGAUUACAAAAAUUAACGCUGAUACACCUAGGUUGUUGAACCCUAAAGGAAAACAAAGAAAGAACAAUAAUAUUAACGUAUCCGGGAGUAAGUCGAAGAAAAUAAAUAUUUCAAAAUUAAAGGGAAUAAUCAAUACAUCAACUACACCCUCCAAAAGAAGUAGUCUCCAUAAUUUUUUAACAGAACUAGGAUAGUUUUAGUUAUUUAUUUUUGUACUUUAACAGAUUAUUGUUGUGAAUAAAAAAUAACAUUUUUAUUUAU